GAGCUCUCGACGAGAGCUUCUGGGGAGGUCUGUGCAACCAACAUCAAAAUGAGGGACGAAAAUAACAAUCCGAACUUCUUCGCGCGGCUCUCCUAUGGUUUCAUGAACAUCUUCGAGGGCCCCGCCACAUUCAUUCGAGAGAAAGUCGUGCUCCCAAACCGAGGCGAGCCUUACCCGUGGUAUCAUCGGAAAUUCCCUCGUGUGAAGGAUAUCGAUCAAUGCUACAUGGAUGAUUUUGCUUGCAUCUAUGAGGCCGAAGAGCAAUUUUUACGAGACAGGAAAGUAGACUCCCAAAUCGUUCGUAUUCUCCGGAGAAGACGCGAGGAUUGUUACCUCAAGGAACGACCUGAUCAUGUGAAACGCUGCGCCAAAGUUAUUAAGGACUUUGAAGACGCGGAGGUGAACCUAUUCAUCAAAUAUGGAGACAUGGGAAUCAAGCGGAGCGCUCAGAUGGCCUUCAUGAAACAGAAGCAUAGACUGGUCAUGGAGAGGAGGAAACGCGAAAAUUAUACACCACUGCCGCCGAAAUACAUCGAUAGGGAAGAUUGGGUCUUCCGCGAAACAGAUUUUCAGAGAUAAAAGCUCAGUCGACUCGCGUAGGGAUUCCAAACGAGAUCCAGCCUUAUUGGCUGCCCUGAGUUUCUAAGUGGGAAUGAGUUAGCAAAGCAUGGUCCGCCCUUAAGAACGAUUCCUUGGCAGCGCUCAGGUUUCGGCGAAGCUUGCCUUGCCUCGCUCCGAUGACCGAGCGAGAAUCGGGGGCUAAGUCGUAUUGGAGUUCUUUUUUGUUUAGAAUAGAACGGCGGGGGAAGCUCGCCCAUAAUUCAAGGGUCCACAAACCAUGCCCCUGGAAAAUAAAUAAAAUGGAUGCCCUAAGGUCUUGGGGGAAUCGGAGACUUA